CAGAAUACUUUGCUGAAUAUGGUUGAAGCUGACCAGGUCCACUGCCCUGGCUUUCAAGGAAUGGUUCUUCCGUGCUGGAUGGAGCUGCUGAAGGGACUGCCGUUGCACCGUACUUUCCUGGCUGUCAUCCUGAACCUGCUGGCUCUCACCCUCUCCACCACAGCCUUGCUGGGCAGCUACUGGUGCACCGGGACUCAAAAAGUACCCAAGCCUUUGUGUGGGAAGAGCAAAGCCUCCCAGUGCGUGGGUGUCCCCAUGCCAUCUGAUGCAGACACCGGCAAUGUUUCCUCUGAGGACACAGUGCACUACAGCUGGGAGACCGGGGAUGACCGCUUUGCCUUCAGAUACUUCCACACAGGGAUGUGGCUUUCCUGUGAAGAGAGCAUGGAAGGGCCAGAAGAGAAAUGCCGCAGUUUUAUUGAGCUUUCACCACCAGCAGAGAGAGGAAUCCUGUGGCUGUCACUGGGAUCAGAGAUGCUGUACAUCAGCUUGCUGCUCAUCAGCUUCAUCCUCCUGAUGGUGGAAAUUCUGCAUACUGGCAAUCCUGUCUGCGGGAUGAAGCUCAAUGCUUUUGCUGCUGUCUCCUCAGUGCUGUCAGGUCUCCUUGGGAUGGUGGCACACAUGAUGUACACUCAAGUCUUCCAGGCAACAGUUAAUCUGGGACCGGAGGACUGGAGGCCGCACACAUGGGACUAUGGCUGGGCAUUCUACAUGGCCUGGGCCUCCUUUACCUGCUGCAUGGCCUCUGCUGUCACCACUCUCAAUACCUACACCAAGACGAUACUGGAGUUCAAAAGGAACCACAUCAAGGGAUUUGAUGGGACUCUCAAGGAUCACCCUCAGCAUCACCAGUGCUUCAUACAGCAAAUAAGCAGCUACUAUGAGCCCAAAGGGAAGGUCUUCCGUUCAGUCUCUGAGGGAGUUGACUUCUACACUGAUCUGCAGCAGAAAAUGCUACAGCGGGAACCAGAGCUGGACCUGGAUGAAGUCUUGGGCCAGACAAUCGGAGAGGAUCGCUGUUAGGGAUGAGUGUACAGGGACAGAGCAGCGGGGUUUGAGAGGAACAAGUGCUCUGAACCAAGCACUGACCACUGUUAGCAGGUUUUGGGGAGCUCUUCCAGUCUCUAAAGGGAGUAAGGAGGCAGGCACGGGGUCAGGGCAACUAGAGUAGAAGUUUGGGAGUCCUCCCUAGUCAUAUACAGUGCGAUGGGUGCCCUCCUCUGACAAGGGUGAAACUGGAAGGACAUGCUGGUGCCAGCUGUCUCCAAGUACUUUCAGAGUUGAGUCAGAUGUCCUAAUCCCAGUAUUGCACUGGGGAACAGAUAGUCAGCACCAUCCAGAUGGCAAACUGCUCUGCUGGGUGGUGUCACACUGACCUUCCGUCAGCACCUCCAGUUCAGUGCUGUGGUGAAGGCCAUCGGUGUUCAUAUUGAUCAGCUGUCACCCUCUCUGAACACCCUGUUUAUUCUUAAUUUCCAGGCCCAAACUCUUCUCCCUGCCCCCAGAUUAAAAGUCCUGCUACAGUAGGAACAGGGGGUAGCUUUCAGACCUCUCCUCCUCCUUCCUAUCUGUAAUGACUCCCACAUGUUCCCUUCUUCCUUUUAGCCCAAAAAUCUCCCAUUCUGAGGUACUUUGCUGUCUGCCUCUUUUUACUGUUUCUUCAUAACCAUUAAGAAUUUGGCAUAACUUUUGCUUUUUAUGUUACUUCUAUUCAUCUGUUCCUUUUUGUCCAUUGUAAAAAUAUUGCAAACAACCCCUGAAUCAAAGCCCCAAGCAAACUCAUAGUCUCUCAAAGGUGAAGCACUAGUUCACAUGACACAUGACGCUGUACACAGUAUUUAUUUUGUUUCACUGCAGUUCAAAUACAUUUUUCCAACAAUAUACACACAGACUCUUUAUUUACAGUGGGGUUGGGGGGGGUGUGGGCAGGGUGAAUUCACAUUAAGGAGGAGCUAACAUCACUGCUCUUGAAUAUCAGUUCUCUCAGGAAGAAUCUCAGAAGUAACUACUUAGGUAACAGCCGAUUCACCUUUCCCAGCAAGGUGCUGGCUGGACAGGAGGGAAGAAACACUCCUGUUUAAUCCCUCAUACGUUACUGGUCCUCACACUUCCAGUCCUAUUAUGCAGCUCUAUUAACUGACACUAGCUCUAUUAUAAACACUAAACCCUGUCUGGAGGAAAACGCCAGGCCUAGAGCCAUUGCUACAGUUGUGCUAAUAUAUACAAAGCUAUUUACACAAAAAUACCAUUAAACAUAUACAAACUGUUCACAGCUCUGACAUUAGGAGAUCAGGGCCCAAAGACCAGCCUUGGGGCUUGCAGCUAAACCUGAAGGGCUAUCCUGGAAGAUUUAUAUAGAAAUGUGGGAUGAUGGAAAGGGUGAUACAGCAAAGGGAGGUGUCAAGGGCCCAGGAGAGCAAACCAUGGCUAAUGUGGCCAUCUGGAAGGAGGGUCAAAGUCUGCUGUCACCUCAUAAUUCAUGAGGAAAUGUGGGGAGGCUGGAAGGGCACAUGCUAGACAGAAAAGUCCUUUGCAAUCCUCCUCGCAGCCUGGCUCUGUUUAAUGUCAAAGGCCAGGCUUGGAAUGGCAUACUAGGAAAGGAGUUCCUAUAUUGUUGCCCUAAACUACCGGUGGGGAACUACUGGGGCACCAAAUUGUUUCACUUUUAUAUGGUCUUUUCUACUAUAAGAAAAUUCAUACAGAUGCUCCUCAAAUGCAA